AUGCACCAUGAUAUAUUUCUUGGACAAUGGGUAUGUUUAAUAGAAAAAGUCAGUAACCGAGACACUAAAGCAUUCAUUGUUACUCCCAGUGGAAAGAAAUACUACGGAUUGUUUCAGAUACCUAGCCGAUGGUGCAGAGAAGGCAAAAAAGGAGGCGAAUGUAAUAUUACUUGCGAAUCUUUGUUAGAUGAUGAUAUACGGAACGAUAUAGCUUGUGCUCUCAAUAUUUUUCUUCGUGAAGGUUUUAAAUACUGGACACAGUGGGAAAUAAGAUGCAAGAAUGACAAUCAUAUAUCUAAAGAAAUUUAUAAAUGUCCUGAUUUAAUGUCCCAUAAACUAAGCCCAGAACGCAGUUAA